AUGGCCACCGACGCGAGCGAGACCUCGCUCACCUCGCCAGGCAUCUACGUGGGCCUAACCCACGACCCCCUCGACCCAAAGCCCGUGAUGGAAAAGGUCCGCAGCCCACAGGCGGGCGCGACGGUCCUCUUCGCGGGGACGACGCGCGACAACUUUGGCGGGCGCCCGGUGCUCAACCUAGCUUACCAGUCGUACGCACCACUGGCACUUCGGACGAUGCGCGACAUCGCCGAGGCCUUGAAGGAGAAGCAUGGGCUCAAGGGAGUCGCGAUCGUCCACCGGCUGGGCGUCGUGCCCGUUGGCGAGGAGAGCAUCCUCAUCGCCGUGUCGAGCCCCCAUCGCGCCGCCGCGUGGCACGCCGGGGAGGAGUGCCUGGAGGAGGUCAAGGCGCGCGCCGAGAUCUGGAAGCUGGAGACGUUUGAGGAUGACCGCAGUGCCGUGUGGAGGGCAAACAGGGACGGCAUCAUGGGUGAGAGGGUUGGGGGAGGGGCCAAUGGCGAAACUGAGGCGGAGGGGGUAACCAGCCAGCUCAAGGGCGGUGCUGACGGGGCCGCUGGCGAGAAUGGACAGGCCCCUGAACACAUGGGCCCGGUAUUGAGGCCCGGGAGGCCUGGGGAGAAGGGCCAUGGGCCUGUGGUAAACUCAACUUCGCGGACAGGUGCGCAACAAUGA